AUGGACGUCGACAGCGACGACAGCGACUCAUUGUCAACCGAAUCGUCUGUGUGGCUCCCUGGUGCCAGGGAGGCUAUUGGAAACUUGUCCGCGACUUUGCAAUGGAUUUACAACACAGGCGAAUUCGCAGAUCUCACCGUGAUUCUUGGAGACCACCGAUUCAACUUGCAUAGAGCGAUCGUCUGUGGACAAUCUCCAUAUCUCAGAAGAGAGACAUUGGAAAAAGGAGACGAGAUAAUACCCCUUUGGUGGGACUUCCACAAAAACAUACAGGCGUACGAAGCAGUAUUCCGCUUCAUGUAUGGGUUUAAAUAUAAUGAAGAGCCACAUUUUAGCAGCUGUAUGAGCUUCCACGCCGAAGUUUAUGUGCUAGCACGAGACUUUGAACUUUUGGAGCUACGAGAGCUCGCGGCCGAAAACCUCAAGACAUAUAUCACGAUCCUUCUCCAAGGCGAAGAGUUCAAGUUGCACAAGGUCGUCAUUUGUGAACAAUCUCCGAAGCUCAAAGCUCUUUGUGAGGGAAAGAAGGAAAUGACACUCGAGCCGCUGAAAGAUCUCGAUUAUGCACGCGGAUCUUACGCGACGAUGUUCCGUUUCAUGUACGGACACGAGUAUCCUGAUGCAAUAUUCAAAUGCAAAAACCCAAUUGGUUUUCACCACGAUGUGUAUCGCCUCGCGCUUUACUAUGAAAUUCCGCGACUACAAGAUCUCGCAUUGGCGAAUUUCAAGAAGUGUGCCUAUUAUAACUUCGACGAAUACUAUUUUCUGAGGAUUCUAAGAAAAGGGAGGGAUGUCAUUGAUGAAAAGUUUCACGGGUUUCUCGUGCGGAGAUGCCAUCAGAAGAUUUGCAACUUGUGCGAUAACGGCUACUUUCAUGAUGUUUUGAGAAAGGAUUCUGAGCUAGGAAUUGAGCUAGCGCAGAGCUUUGGGGGCUCGCUGUGGAAUUAUUACUGCCCCAAGUGCGGAGAGAGUUGGUCCUUGAACACUGCUGUUCUGCAUGCGCCAUCAUACUGUCCCAAUUGUGGCCAUUAUGAAAAGGAUUGGAGCAGUUUUUUUCGAUGA